AUGGAUUCGAACAGCCGUCCUUCACGCGAGCGAACCGACGUCCACAACCAGCAUGCAUUCAUACAUAUAGCGCUAGCGACAAUCCUGGUGCUGGCAUACUUAAUCCCGUUAUCUGUAAGUAUUGAGAAGUCAAUCGACGAGGCACAAGAUCGAGCUUCCGUUGCCUGCCUCAAAGCAGAGGCGGUCGGGAGCACGGUUGUCUCAAUGCCACAUUACUUAUCCCAAGGCAUUAAUUCUUUGACGGCGGACGGCGUAACAAAUUCAGUCCGAGCUAUCGCUAGCUCGCUCGACCUUGUCUUAGAGGCGAUGGAGAAGCUUUUGCUCUUUGUUUUCCACUCCAUGACAGACACCUAUAUGUGUCUGCUACUCAUGGCUAUUCAUGGCGGGUUGAACAUAACCAUUAGCGCGAUGGAGGAGUUCCGCUCGCUUUAUCAAGGCGCCACUACCGGGUCCUUGCAGUCUAUCGAACAGAGCAUAGCGACUACGAACAAGGGCAUAGAUAGCGUGAAUGCUUUCAUAAGUCAGGGCGCAAACACAGACGUACAACAACUACCGCACCUCAACGUGGAUGAUGCGCUGGAAAGCAUCAGGAAUACGAAAAUAGACAUUGGCCCGAUACUUAAUGACUUGAAUGAACUGGAGCGGCGCAUUCCUGAUUUCGCGACAGUGAAGAAUAUGACCGACAUGGUUCUCACAACGCCCUUCCGAGCAGUAAGGACGGAGCUGAAUCAAACGCUUGGAAGCUGGGCGUUCGAUCCGAAAGAGCUUUUUGUUCCGGAAAAGGAGUCUUUCGUGUUUUGCCCUAACGACACCACAUUUUCAGAUGUUUUCAAAAAGCAACGCGAUCAGGUUCGCUUAAAAAUUACAUGGAGUAUCGUAAUCAUAAUCUGUCUCGCGGUACUACUAGCAGCGUCGCUAUACUACAUACACUCAAGGAAUCUGGAAUUUGUUCAAGUUCUUGUGGAAAGCCCAAGGCUGAAGCAAGCUCAAGCACGAAUAGCACCCUUAGCUUCUAUUUUGACAAAGUUUCGGAUCUCUAGGCGCCAUUGUUCCAGUAAUGCGUCCGCAUUGCUUCUAAUUGGAUUUUCCGGGCUACUGAGCUGUCUCAUUGCAACACUGUUUCUUCGCACGGUCGAAAGCGAGGCGCUUGAGAUGAGAGACGCUAUCGAGAUCCGAGCUGAAGCACUUUCUACUAGUAUGCAACGAAUAUCUACCGCAUGGGCAGAUACUGCUGACUCCGCCAUGGGACGGUUAAAUGAGGAUCUUACUGGUCAACUACAGGAUCAGAUACACAGAGCCGCUGACGGAGUCAACUCAACGAUAACCACGUUCAACGUCCAACUUCAGCAGGCCCUUACGGCAGCGUUCGGAGACUCGAUUUUAAGAGAUGCUAUACAGCAGGCUUUGAGGUGUUUGAUAGGGACGAAGAUUGACGCCGUGCAAACUGGUCUCCGGUGGGUCAAUGAACAAGUCAACAUUGACUUUCCUCCGUUUACACACGACGUGUUUUCUAUUGGCGCUAGUAUUGCAGAGACGGGAUUAGACAAGGCUCUAUCUUCCGGCAGUGACAUUAUCAUGGACAACAUUGACUCUGCGAUUAUGUAUGUGGCAGAUAAGGUCCGGCGUGAUAUCCGUACUCACGCCAUAAUCUCCACUGUAUUGAUCCUAGUCUACCUUGUGCUACUGCUGGUGGAUGUAGUUGUCUCACGUAGGACAGGUGCCCUCAAGACGAAUAAUAAAGAGAUGUCAGAGUUCUCGGGAAAGCCACUACCACCACCACCACCACAACAACAACAACAACAACAACAACAACAACCACAACAAUUGCAACCACAACAAUUGCAACCACAACAAUUGCAACCACAACAAUUGCAACCACAACAAUUGCAACCACAACAAUUGCAACCACAACAACCACAACAAUUGCAACCACAACAAUCACAACAAUUGCAACCACCAAUAACGCCGAGUUGGAUCUAA